AUGGGUUCUUUACAUUCAUUCACCUUUGGAUUAAAAUUCAGCAUAAUUAGAAAGAAUUCUAUGUUUCAUUAUAUUUGCCAGCAAGCUACGUGGUUUUUAUUUUUUAUUUUUUUCUGGAGACUUUCAUAUGGAGGGAAAGUGUUGGUAAUACCUUUGGAUGGCAGUCACUGGCUCAGUAUUCAACCAGUUAUGGAACGCCUUCAGCACAGAGGACAUCAAGUUGUAGCUGUGGUUCCUGAUGUUAAUUUGCUGAUGAAACCAUCUGAUCAUUACAUAGUGAAAACAUUUGCUGUAUCCUAUUCAAAGGAAUAUUUGACAACAGAAUUUCGAAAAUUGGGUUAUAAGAGUUUUGUACAUCAGCCUUUCCUGGCAAGAAUUACUGAGACAUUUGCAAAAAUAAGGAAUAUUACAACGUUUUUCUUAGAUAACUGCAAACAGCUUUUGUACAACAAAGAUUUGAUUACUUACCUUCAAGAUAGCAAAUUCAAUGUUGUCGUUAUGGAUCCAGUGUCUCCAUGUGGUCAAAUUGUGGCUGAAUAUUUAUCUAUCCCUUCUCUUUUCUACUCCCGUGGAAUUCCAUGUGAUUUAGAUUCUGAGGCAACUAAGUGUCCAAACCCACUUUCCUAUGUUCCCAAAUUCUAUACAGGAAAUACUGAUCAUAUGACAUUCAAUCAACGCGUAAAUAAUUUUUUACUUGGCUCAUUUCAGUUAAUGGUGUGUUACUUUGUUUACUCACCAUUUGAAGUUUUGAUCAAGGAAUUCCUGCAUCGAGAUAUGACAGUAUUGGAGUUAUAUAGCCAAGCUUCAAUUUGGCUUCUCCGCUAUGACUUCGUAUUUGAAUAUCCAAGGCCUAUCAUGCCAAAUAUGAUUUUCAUUGGGGGUAUAAACUGUGCAAAGGAUAAUCCAUUAACACAGGAGUUUGAAAGUAUAUUGGAGAAAUCUGGUGAAGAUGGAGUUGUGGUGUUUUCUCUGGGUUCAAUGAUUUCUGAAAUUCAGAUUAAAAAAGCCAUGGAAAUUGCUGAAGGAUUGGGAACAGUACCGCAGACAGUGUUGUGGAGAUAUACCGGUGAAGCUCCAAUCAAUCUUGCCAAUAAUACAAAGCUGUUUAAUUGGCUUCCACAGAAUGAUCUACUUGCUCAUCCAAAAACCAGAGCUUUUAUCACACAUGCAGGCUCCCAUGGGAUAUAUGAGGGGAUUUGCCAUGGAGUACCAAUGGUAUUAAUACCACUUUUUGGAGAUCAAGCAGAUAAUGCAGUGCGGAUAGAGUCUCGAGGAGCAGGAAUAAAGCUGGAUGCAGUUAAAAUGACAUCAAAGGACUUGUCCAAUGCACUGAGGACUGUUAUUUAUGAUAAAAGGUAUAAAGAGAACAUUCAGCGUCUUUCAUCUCUUCACUUGGACAGACCUGUUGAACCUCUUGAUCUGGCAGUUCAUUGGGUGGAGUUUGUCAUGAAGCACAAGGGAGCUCCCCAUUUGCGGCCAGCAGCUCAUGACCUCAACUGGAUCCAGUACUAUUCUAUUGAUGUCAUUGUCCUCCUUUUGGCUGCAACAUUCCUUUUCCUGUUUAUCUCACUGAAGGGUUGUCUUUUUUGCUGCAAGAAGUGUUUCUGCAAAAAUGCAAGAUUAAGCAAAAGAAGUAAGUCAAAAUCCCAGUAAUGAAAAAAAAAGUCAAAUCAAAAUGAGGUAGUGUAUUCUAUUAUAUUUUAAACAGAUUUAUACCAAUUCUCACACAAGAA